AUGCUGGGUGCUGUUCGUCGAUUCGGCGUCUCCAACGUCCUGCGAGCCUCCGCGCCGCGCUCACUAUCCGCGGCUACGCGCUGGAGCUCGCAACUGUUGAAAUGGCAGCCUCUCUCCGCGCCGUCGUUUCCGGUCGCUGCGCGCUCGUUUCACGCUUCAUUUCCUGCUUUGAAGGCUGCGACUGCAGAGGCGCAUGAGAUUGAGGAUGACUCCGCGCAAACAGAGAUCAUCACCGAGUUCCGCGACCUAGAGAGACAAGGAUUCGUCGACCCGAGCAUUAUUCGGAACAUCACCGACAGCAGACGGAUGGGAUUAACAACUAUGACCCCUGUGCAGAGCCAGACUUUGCAUGAGGUUUUGGGAGGCGGCGAUGUCUUGGCUCAAGCCAAAACGGGAACCGGCAAAACACUCGCUUUCCUCGUUCCUGCCAUGCAGAACAUCCUGAACGAUCCCACCCUCCGCCAGGACCGGCGCGGGCGAUACUGCGACCCCACGGACACCCGCGCCCUGAUCAUCUCACCUACCCGAGAACUCGCGGAACAGAUUGCGGUCGAGGCGAAAAAGCUCGCCGCGGGUACUCGUCUGCAAGUGCGGACCGCGGUGGGCGGCAGUCACAAGGCCUCCGGCUUGCGAAGAAUCCAAGAGGAGGGUUGCCACCUGCUUAUUGGCACCCCCGGCCGUCUCAAAGAUAUCCUUUCGGAUCCAAGAAACGGAGUGGAAGUUCCCAAGCUGAACACUUUGAUUCUGGAUGAGGCCGAUCGGCUCCUGGACGACGGGUUUGCGCCCGACAUCAUGGAAAUCCAGCGCAUGCUGCCGUCCGCGCAGGAGGUGAACCGCCAAACGCUCAUGUUCUCGGCUACUGUUCCUCGGGAAGUUAUGACUAUGGUGCGGCGCACGUUGAAGCCGGGCUUCAACUUUGUCAAGACCAUCCGCGAGGACGAGGUGCCAACACACCUGACUGUCCCGCAGAAGAGCGUGGUUCUGAGAGGAUAUGAAAACGCCCUGCCCGCUAUUCUUGAAAUGGCCAAGAACUACAAGGCCAAGCAACAAGACGACCCUUCCCUGCGUCCCUUCAAGGCUAUUGUUUACUUCAACUCCACCGCCGAGGUCCGCAUCGCAGCCGAGGCCUUCAACAAUCUCUCCGACCCUCGCAGACGCUUCCAGUCUCCUCUUGGUCGCAUGAAUCUUCUUGAACUGCACUCACGCCUCAGCCAGAGAGAACGGACCAGGAAUGCCGAAGACUUCCGUCGUUCGUCAGAGGCUAUCCUCUUUUCGUCCGACGUGUCAGCCCGUGGCAUGGACUUCCCGAACGUCACCCAUGUUAUCCAGAUCGGUAUCCCUCAGACCCGGGAGACAUAUGUUCACCGGCUCGGCCGCACGGCACGUGCCGGCAAGACCGGUGAAGGCUGGCUUUUCCUCCACGACGCCCAGUAUGGCUAUUUCCAGGACAUCCUGGGCGACCUCCCCCUCACCAACGACUCGACCUCUAUCCCCGCAGCCUCUGCGCGUAUGACCCCGUUUGUGAAUACCGCGUCCGAAGAAGCUGGAGAAGAUGCCGCCGCGAGACCCGACGAGACAACUCCUGAGGAGACAAUCGAGACUAUCAAGCAAAUCCAGCAAGCCAUGACAAACAUUCCCCCCAGACAGCGAGAAGAUGCCUUCCAGCCUCUGAUGAGUAACCUGAAGAGCUCUAUCCACAACAAGCGCAGGCUGGUGCAGAUCGUGAACGACACCGCCACUAUCGGCUGGAGUCUGCCCGAAGCGCCGGGCGUGUCCUCCAAAUUCGUCCAGCAACUAGGCUUCAAACGUAUGCCCGAUCUCCUCAAGGUCAAUGAGUCUCGUCGCGGCCGCGAUCGCGACUCUGAUGAUGAUAUGUUCGGCGCCAUGGACCGCAGAUCUGGCUUUGGUCGGCCGUCUAGCUUUGGGCGACCAUCCGGCUCUGGGCGAUCAUCCGAUUUUGGACGAUCAUCGUCUCGAUCCAAUUUUGGGGAUUUCGGUGAUAGGCGCCGGGAUUCCCGGAAGUCUCCUUCCUACGGCCGCCGGUACUAG